CGCUACAAAGAAGAUCGACAAGCUUGUGAUGCCUCACUAUGACAAAGUAACGGCCCUUGAAACACUCAAACACUUGUGUUUCCAAGCAAUGCUCCCCUAACAUGCCUCGGACAGAUGAUGCGUCCCCGUCUGCUGUGACUCCCGGGUGCUGGAGGGGGGCUUCUUCAAUAAUGUAACAUGCAGUUCCAUGGCCGAUCGUAACGUCCAGCUCACGUUUGAAAGCGGUCGCAAACCAACCAAGCCGUCACUCACUCACUUCUCAGGCUUGAAACUUGGUUAGCAGUGUGCUCAGCCCGUCAUAAGAGAAGAUGCUUGUCUCCACUGGGCAACUCUCAAACAGAGGGCGGGAUCAUGCCACUCGUCGUGGCAGCAAAGCUCCCAUCAUCCUCUCCUGGAUUUGAGAGUUGACUCUCACUGUGGUUGCUAUGUGUGGUGUGUGUACUUCACCAAAACACCACCACUGUGUCUGGAGAGGACGCGCUGCUUCAGUGUUGGGGGCAUGGAACCUUUGCACAAAGACGAGAAGGAUAAUCCCUUGGCCAGAGCUAAUCUCUUCUCCAAGAUUUUCUUCUGUUGGCUGAAUCCCUUGUUCAGAAUCGGGUUCAAGAGGCGUCUUGAAGAAAAUGACAUGUACAAAGUUCUUCCUGAAGAUUCCUCUGAGAGACUCGGGGAGGAGUUGCAAUGGUUCUGGAAACAGGAGGUUGAGCUAGCGGCUAAAGAGUCCCGCUCCCCGCAGCUGGCCCGGGCUCUCAUAUGGUGCUACUGGAGGUCCUACCUGCCCAUUGGAAUGUUCAUCUUCGCAGAGGAGAUCGUGAGAGUCAUUCAACCACUCCUUCUGGGGAAGCUGAUCGGGUACUUUGAGAGCCGGAACACGGGCAGCCAAGUCGCCGACGCGUACCUCUACGCUGCCGGAGUCUCCCUGUCCGCCGUCUCCAUGGCGCUCCUGCAUCACAUCUACUUCUUCCAAGUGCAAAGAGCUGGCAUGAAGAUUAGAGUGGCAGUGUGUCACAUGAUCUAUCAAAAGGCUCUUUGUCUAAACACGUCAUCGCAAACCACGACGGGUCAAAUCGUGAAUCUACUGUCCAAUGACGUCAACAGGUUCGACGAGGUCACGCUCUACUUGCACUUUUUGUGGAUCGGUCCCAUUCAAGCAACAUCGGUGAUCGUACUGCUGCUGUACGAAAUCGGUCCGUCGUGCCUCGCUGGCAUGUCCAUCUUCCUGGUGCUGUUGCCGGUGCAGACCAUGUUCGGCCGGAUGUUUUCCUCUUUCAGGGCGGAGACGGCGAUCCUAACCGACGAGAGGAUCCGCCUGAUGAAUGAGGUCAUCGCCGGGAUCCGUGUCAUUAAGAUGAGCGGCUGGGAGGAGCCUUUUGCUGCUUUAGUGGACAGGGUCCGAAGGUCAGAGAUCUCCAAGAUCAUGAGCAGCUCCUAUCUGCGCGGCCUCAACAUGGCGUCCUUCUUCGUGGCCAGCAAGAUCAUCAUCUUCAUCACAGUGUGCGUGUACGUUUCCGUGGGGAACCAGCUGUCUGCCAGCACGGUCUUCGUCACGCUGUCCUUCUACGGAGCGGUCCGCUUCACCAUCACCUUCUUCUUCCCGCUGGCGAUCGAGAAGGUGUCCGAAGCUCUGGUCAGCAUCCGCAGGAUCCAAAAUUUCCUUCUGCUGGAUGAGGUUUCUCAGAAACAUCUGCGGCUUCCUGAAGCAGAGCCCGGAGACUAUUCGCUCAUAGUCAGAGACCUAAAAUGCUCCUGGGAUCCGACGCUUGACGCAUCAACGCUAAAGAACGUGUCCUUCUCAGUGAAGCCCGAGCAGCUCCUGGCAGUCAUCGGACCUGUCGGGGCUGGAAAGUCGUCGCUCCUCAGCGCCAUCCUCGGGGAGCUGAGGCACCAAAGUGGGGUGAUCAAGGUCCGAGGGGAGCUCACCUACACUUGCCAGCAGCCCUGGAUUUUUGCCGGCACCAUCCAGAGCAACAUCCUGUUUGGCAAGGACCUGGACCCGGACAAGUACCGGCAGGUUCUGCAAGCCUGUGCGCUGAAGAAGGACCUGGAGCUGCUGCCUGAUGGGGACCUCACCUCGGUGGGAGACCGAGGAGCCAAUCUGAGCGGAGGACAGAGGGCCAGGAUCAGCUUGGCGAGGGCAGUGUACCAGGACGCAGACAUCUACCUGCUGGACGACCCGCUCAGCGCUGUGGACGCCGAGGUGGGACGCCACCUGCUGGAGGAGUGCAUAUGUGGCGUUCUGGAGGAGAAACUGGUGGUUCUGGUCACGCACCAGCUGCAGUACCUGAAGGCCGCCGAUCUAAUCGUGGCCCUGAAAGAGGGUGAGGUGGUGGCUCAGGGCACGUACGGUGAACUGGAGGGUUCCGGCCUGGACCUCAGCUCCCUGCUGAAGGAGGACGACGCUCCCGAUGAGGGGCCCGCCACCGCCAGCCUCCACGACAGCUCCGCGACCCCCAUGACCUCCCUGUCCUCGUCCUGGAGCUCGCUGGCCGAGGCCGUCGACCCUUUCACGGCGGUGAGCGCUGACAGGGUUUGGCCACUAGAGGGAAGACAGCCUCCAGCUUUCCCGCGCCAGCAGCACGUGACCGUGGUGUGUCCCGCGCAGGCAGGCACCGCGCUGGAGGAGGAGAGGCGCGCAGCUGGAGACAUCAGCCUCCGUACGUACGUGAAAUACUUCCGAGCCGGCGCCAACUUCCUGGUGCUGACCCUCCUCGGUUUGCUCAACCUUUUAGCACAUGUGACAUUCGUGCUGCAGGACUGGUGGCUGGCUCACUGGGCCUCCGAGCAGGAGCUCAUCGACGUGACGCGGCGCCUGAAUGGCAGCGCCCCUCGGCAGACGGACCUUGACCUGUACCUCGGUGUUUACGCAGGUUUGACGGCCACUUCAGUGGUGUUCGGCUUCCUGCGCUGCGUCAUCUUCUUCAACGUGCUGGUCAGCUCCGCCGCGUCCCUGCACCACCACAUGUUCCACGCCGUCCUCCGCACCCCGGUCACGUUUUUCGACAGCAAUCCAGCGGGGCGAAUCCUCAAUAGGUUUUCCAAAGACAUUGGCUACCUGGACUCUCUGCUCCCGUGGACGUUUGUGGACUUUAUCCAGGUAGUUCUUCAGGUCCUCGGAGUGCUGGCAGUGGCCUCCGUCAUCAUCCCCUGGGUCCUCAUUCCCGUCGUCCCUCUGGUGGCCGUCUUCCUGUACCUGAGGUUCUACUUCCUCCGGACCUCCAGGGACAUCAAGCGCUUGGAAGCCACAACUCGGAGUCCAGUCUUCUCUCACCUGGCCUCCACGGUCCACGGUCUGAGCACCAUCAGGGCCUUCAAGGUGCAGCAGAGGUUCCAGCAAAUGUUCGACGAAUACCAAGACCUUCACUCGGAGGCCUGGUUCUUGUUCCUGACCACGUCCCGGUGGCUGGCGGUUCGUCUGGACGGGAUCUGCUCCGUUUUUGUGGCCAUCACAGCUUUUGGUUGCAUCACCCUACGAGAUGGACUGGACCCAGGCGGAGUGGGCCUGGCUUUGUCCUACGCCCUGACGCUAACAGGCAUGUUCCAGUGGAGCGUGAGGCAAAGUGCGGAGAUUGAGAACAUGAUGACAUCAGUGGAGCGAGUGUUGGAGUACGCAGACUUGGAGCGCGAACCUCCCUGGGAGACCGACGUAGCUCCUCCACACGACUGGCCCGAGACGGGAUCCAUCACCAUGGACCGAGUCAACUUCUCCUACGGUGCCAGCGAGCCUCCAGUCCUGCAGAACCUGACGGUCGCCUUCUCCGCCAAAGAAAAGGUUGGCAUCGUCGGACGCACCGGCGCUGGAAAAAGCUCGCUGAUCUCGGCCUUGUUCCGCCUGGCGGAGCCCGACGGGCGAAUUGUCAUCGACGGCUUUCUCACCUCCGAGAUCGGCCUCCACGCUCUUCGGAAGAAAAUGUCCAUCAUCCCACAGGAACCGUUUCUCUUUACCGGCACCAUGAGGAAGAAUCUGGACCCUUUCAGGCAGCACACAGAUGAGGACCUGUGGAAUGCACUCCAAGAGGUGCAGAUGAAGGUCGUGGUGGAGGAGCUGCCCAAUAAGCUGGAGACGGUGCUGGCCGAGUCGGGCUCCAACUUCAGCGCGGGUCAGAGGCAGCUGCUGUGUCUGGCCAGGGCCGUGCUCCUCAAAAACAGAAUCCUCAUCAUUGACGAGGCCACGGCCAACGUGGACCCCAGAACCGACGGCCUCAUCCAGCAGACGAUCCGGGACAAGUUUCAGGAGUGCACCGUCCUCACUAUCGCUCACAGGCUCAACACCGUCAUCGACUGCGACCGGAUUCUGGUUCUGGACGCGGGCAGCAUCGAGGAGUACGACGAGCCCUACGUGCUGCUGCAGAACCAGGAUGGACUCUUCCACCAGAUGGUCCAGCAGACGGGCCGGGCCGAGGCCGCCUCGCUCACGCACGCGGCCAAACAGGUUUACAUGAAGAAACGGCAGGCGGCGGACGCGCAGUGCGUGGAGGACGUGUACAUCAUCUCGGAGACGUCCUCGUGACGGACGCGCCCGCUGAGCUUCGUUUGUGGGCUGCAAUUAAGACGCUCAGGAAGUCUUCAGCGACGAGGGAUGGCACUCGGGCGAGGCCCCUGGGGGCCCCUCAGUGGCACAUCGAAACACUGUGGCUAUUGACUGGGGUCAGCCUGCCGCAGUAAACCACGUCUUGCUUUCAUUAUCAUCCUAAUGAGUCUGGAGUCAGCUGGUGCGGGGAGGAGACUCAACCACAGGACUGUGCUGACCCUCCAGCACCGCCACUGACUCAGGACGUCUACCUCGACUCUGUUUGUUCAAGUGUGUCCCGUUUCACUGGAUGGCCUCCUAAUAAAGGUUUGACUCUGUC